GCUGUGCUGAGAGCUUCCUCCGCCAGUCUGCGCGACACCGCCAGACCAUCAGCAGCGACCACACGUUUGCGUUUGCGCGGCGGCCGACUCUGACUGCCCGUCAUCCGGUGCCUGCCCUGCUGCAGCCAUGACGCUGAUUUCGCUGCCGCCGGCCGUGCAGCAGGCCAUGGAGAAGGAGAUGGGCCGUGACCGCGCCGGCCUCACCAGCGACGUGGCCAACCUGCGCGCCUGGCUGCGCCACCAACCGCACCUCCCCCAGGACCAGAGUGAAGAAUGGCUGGAGCGCUUCCUGAUAGGCUGCAAGUACAGCGUGGAGCGCGCAAAGACGGUGCUCGACAUGUACUACACGGUACGAGGUGCAGUGCCGGAGUUCUUCAGCGACAGGGACCCUCUUGGUGCCGACGUCCUGCGCAGCGUGAGCGCCGUGUACUAUUUCCCAGUUCCUGGCUAUACUCCAGAGGGCUACAGGGUUAGUCUAUCAGCUUUGGCAGACACGGACCCAUCAGUCUUCAGUCCUCGGGACUACAUGAAGCGCAUGUUCCUAGUAGCAGAUGUGCGCCUACAGGAGGAGCCUUGCCUUGGUGAAGUGCUGCUCUUUGAUCUACGUGGAUUCACGCUACAGCAUCUCGUAAAGUUUACACUGCCACUCGCCAAGAAACUCCUGGUCUGUGGCCAGAAUGCCCUUCCCACCCGUAUUAAGCAGAUUCAUCUUCUCUAUGCGCCUUCAUUUGCAGACAAAAUACUUGCAAUUUUCAAGCCUUAUAUGAAAGAGAAACUUGCAAAAAGGGUCUAUGUCCACACUGGAGGGAGCGAAGGUCUGGCAAAAUUUUUCUCUACAGACAUUCUUCCGGAAGAAUAUGGAGGAUCAGCAGGCAGUAGGAGUGAACUUAACUUGGCCUGGCAGAAAAAACUUGAAAGUUAUCGUGACUGGAUUCUUGAAGAAGAAAAGAAGAGGGCAGAUGAAUCAAGACGACCAGGGAAGACACGACUAGCAAAUGAACUUUUUGGUAUGGAAGGUUCAUUUAAACAGCUUGCUAUUGAUUAGGUGCAAUUCAUUUUUUAUUGUUUCAGGUAUAAUCUGAAAUGCAUUGCUCGGUGGUAAAGGUUAUCAGAUGCAUUAUCUUAAUAUUACAUGGCAAACAAGUCUUACUAUGUAUAUUAGAAAUGCCCUUAAGACUUGUGCUAUUCAUGUAAAAAGACGGUGAUAGUGAUCUGAUAGUUCGCUGAUGCUACUUGCCUCAAUCCAUUACAUGAUAUCGAAAUCAGGAUGAGAAAAUGUUUGUGAAGUUGAAAAAAUGCAGUUGCAAAGUGCUUGGUUAUACUGAUGUAGCAUCAUCCGUAUGCUUGUGUUCAAGCAGUAUGUAAAUACAAGAAUGUGCUCAAAUAUUUUCAUGCAAUGAAAUGUCAACUGACUGUCGCAGUAUUCUUAUUUUGUGUUGACUACACUAUGAGAAUUAUUCCACUGGCUGUUAAAACUGUGAUGCACAAUAUGUGUGUUUAAUAAAUUAUGCACAAACAAUACAA